AUGAAUGCGCAAAUCAGGAAAAAAAAAAACCUCCUUGAGAAGGAAAGAAAGCUGAAUAACUUGGCAAAGAUCUUCCACAGGAAACUCGAAACGUUGCUUAUAUACAUAAGGAUUCCCAAGAAGAAACAGGAGAAGCUAUUCUUUGAUGAUUUUUUUAAUGUAGAGGAGGUGAGCGCGUACAUAAACACGGUUGUGGACGAUGAGCAGGAGCAGCGUUCUAACGGGAAGGAUGACCACCUGUCAGAUCACUCUGGUGGCCCCCCCUGCUCAGGGGAGAGCCUCAACCUGAACACAGACAACGAAAUUAAAAGCAGCAAAGAAAUCUUUAUAAAAAAUCUGCUGAUUUUUUUGAACAAUCUGAUCGUUCUCUACUUCUCCAAGAGCAACCUAAUCGAUGUCUGUAUAAACCGCAGGGGCUUCAACAGGUGUGGCUUCUAUGCAUGUGACAACGUGUUCCUAACUCCCCCCAACAAGGGCAAAUACAAAAUAGACGCGAAAAGUAAGAACAUUUACCUCAGGGAGUACUACGACUUGUUUUGUUCCGCCAGCUGCAUGAAUUAUAACCUCCACUUGCUCAAAGAAAUCGCAAAGAGUGGGAAGAACGGGAGGAACGCCAAGGGAGGAGCGGCAGCCGGAGGAGAAGCAGCAGGGGGGACCAACCUGAAAACAAAAUGCCAAUUAAUAUACAUCAUGUUCCUUACCUUCUUCCCUAUUUUUAAAUUUCACGACAUUAAUGUACUUCUCAACAAUUUAGAGCUCGUGCAUAUUCAGAACAACAAAAUAUUUUUGAAGCCCGGGGGGGGGGAGCUGGAGGUCGACGGCAAAGGCAAAGGCAAAGGGGGUUCAGGUCACACCGACGAGAAGAAAGCAGCGGAAGGGAGGGAAGCAACGAAAGCAACCAAUACAGCCAAUACAACCAAUACAGCCAAUACAACCAAUGCAACCAAUGCAGCGAAAGCAACCAAUGGUGAGGACAAAGUAUGCACCAUUAGAACGGUGAAGGAUGAGCUUAGUCAGAGAACCCAUGAGUUGAGCAAGACCCUCUUUCCAAUCAUCGUGGAGAAGCAGAAGGGCUGUGAAGACAGUGAGGAGGAAAUUGCAGAAGAAGGCGCGGAGGAAAUCGCAGAAGAAGUCGCAGAAGAAAUCGCUGAAGAAAUCGCGGAGGAAUCUCCAAAGAGCAGUUCGUCCAAUGGGAGAGAUGGAAAUAAAAUUAUAAUGCUGCCCCUGAGGGAGGCACUCAGAGGGUAUAUCGAAGUGAAGACGGAGGAGGACCCCACCAACGAAGAGGUGGAUAGUUCUCCAAAACGAAAACAGGGAAAAACCAAUAAAUGUAAAAACGUCAGAUUUAAUGAGGACGUCCAAACGUUUGAGUACUUCAAAGACGAACGGGUGGACCUCUAUAGUGUGGGUAGGACCUCCAUGGAGCCGAGGCACGGGGGCACUACACAAGGGGGGGAUUCUCCGCCGAGUGGGGGCAUUCUGUAUGAGGAUUCCCUAUCGGGUGAGGACGAGCAUAGGAGGAAGAUCCACCCCGGUGUAUCUCCAGAACGGGACGAAACUACCAUGAGAGAAGGGCCAGGUGAGGAAACGAACGAACUAGCCGUGACGCUUCAACGCUCUAGUGAUGAGAAGGUGGAAGAAUCGAUGAGCGUAGAAGCCGAGGGUGAGAGUAACCCCUCGGAUGGUGAAAUGGCCGAAGUGUAUGAACAAGUCAGGCAGUCCAUUUUUACAAACCGUAAACACUUCUUUGAGGACAUCCUGGGAAAGACCCUUUUCGAUUCGAACAAGCUUAUCGGGUUUGACUACGAGGAGGGGGAGGAGAAAGAGAAAGGAAAGAAGGCAGCGGGACAGGUGGAGGAGAAGCAAGCUGAAUUGGCGGAGGAAGCGAAGGAGGUGGAACAAACGGAGAAGAAAGCUGAACUGACGGAGGAAGCGAAGGAGGUGGAACAAACGGAGAAGCAAGCUGAACUGACGGAGGAAGCGAAGGAGGUGGAACAAACGGAGAAGCAAGCUGAACUGGCGGAGGGGAAGGCUGAGAAAGACCUCCGGACGUGCGCCGCGCAGCGGAUGAGCGAAAUUAACCUGAAGCACGACCAGGAGAGGAAGGGGAGGCGAAUCGUUUUGCUGAGCUCGCCCGUCGGAGGGGCGGCGACAAGGGAGAUUCCCCAGGCCAAUGGAGGUGGGGGUGCACCUGAGGACGAUGAGGCGGAGGUCAUGGGCGCGAUGAGGGGCGAACAGGAAGACGCUGCCCCGGGUGGUGAAGAAAAGGAAGACGCUGCCCUGGGUGGUGAAGAAAAGGAAGACGCUGCCCUGGGUGGUGAAGAAAAGGAAGACGCUGUCCCGGUUGAUGGCAAAAAGGAUGAUGCUGCCCCG